GGGUGCAGUCUUGAUGAGACUACCGAGCGAUGUGGACGUCGCGUGUCGUGUCUCGCGUGUGACUUUGCUGUUUCGAUCGCGAAUAUACGUGCCAGUGACACUUGGCGGCUGCUGCCCGCGCACAGAUAUGCAGGAACGACGCUGAGGCACACACAUAUAUAUAUAUAUACGUCACAGUCAACCUGUACGCGAAUUCGUCGCGCCGAUCGCUGCCGAUUAUCGUCGUUGACUUAUCAUUGCGCGCUACGCGCGUAUGCACGCACGCACGCACUUUCCCGUGAGAUAUAUCACGCGAAAAUCGGACAGUGCACACACAUACACACGAUCAUCAGCGAUUGCUUAUCACUGACCGGUCGUUUGCGGAAGCUGCAUCUCGGCGUCAACAGACGGAAGUGUACCGGUGUUAUUAUUCGUGUGUGUACAUACGGACGAACGACAAGUAAACUGACGGCUGUGCGACGUAUCGAGAGAUUGUGCAUCAACGAGCGAUCUCGAUUCAUCGACAGUGCGCGCAGCUGGAGCGAGGAGCGGCCGCCGCGAAGAAGUGUAGCCAUGAAUAAUUCACUCGGCUAAAACGGCCGAUACGGGAGUUUCUCCGACUUUGAGACAUCGAGAGAGGCUCUACGACGACGGCAUCGAGAUGGGCGAGCUUUCGGGAUCCGCGAGUUUCCUUCAUCUCGGCGAUAUCGUAAGCCUUUACGCCGAGGGAAAUGUGUCCGGGUUCCUUUCCACGUUGGGAUUGGUCGACGACAGAUGUGUCGUGUGUCCCGAAGCAGGAGACUUGUCGAAUCCACCGAAGAAAUUCAGAGAUUGCCUCUUCAAAAUAUGUCCUAUGAACCGGUAUUCCGCCCAGAAGCAAUUCUGGAAAGCAGCAAAACAGAGCGCGAGUUCGGGUACAGAUGCUGUGCUAAUCAAAAGGCUUCACCACGCGGCCGAAAUCGAGAAGAAGCAAAAUGAGACUGAAAACAAGAAACUGUUGGGCAGCGUGGUUUCGUACGGCAAUGUCGUGCAGCUGCUGCAUCUUAAAUCCAACAAAUUCCUGACGGUGAACAAGAGGCUGCCGGCGCUGCUGGAGAAGAACGCGAUGAGGGUUUACUUGGACGCGAAUGGGAACGAGGGCUCGUGGUUCUACAUAAUGCCGUUUUACAAGCUGCGAAGCGACGGCGAUAGCGUCGUCGUCGGCGACAAAGUGAUUAUGGAGCCGGUGAACGCGGGUCGACAGGGUCUCCAUGUGGCCGCGAAUUACGAGUUGGGCGAUAAUCCCGGCUGUAAGGAGGUCAACGUCGUCAACUCGUCUACCUCUUGGAAGGUGACUCUUUUCAUGGAGCAUCGGGAGAAUCAGGAAGAAAUUCUCAAGGGCGGCGACGUUGUGCGACUGUUUCACGCGGAGCAGGAGAAGUUUCUGACGAUGGACGAGUAUAAGAAAAAGCAGCAUGUUUUUCUUAGGACGACGGGUAGAACCAGUGCCACAGCGGCUACUAGCAGCAAGGCAUUGUGGGAAGUUGAGGUGGUGCAACACGAUCCGUGUAGAGGAGGUGCCGGCCACUGGAAUUCACUUUUCAGAUUUAAACAUCUAGCGACUGGCCAGUAUCUGGCUGCCGAGAUUGAUGCGGAUGAGCAACGGGAGCCUGUAAAGGGCAAGCGCGAUCCACCCGGACAGGUCUACAGAUUAGUAUCGGUGCCGCACAGUAAUGAGAUUAGCUCAUUAUUCGAACUAGAUCCCACAACUCUAACGCGAGGCGACAGUCUAGUUCCGCAAUCGUCCUUUGUUAGAUUGCAUCACAUAUGCACAAAUACUUGGGUCCAUUCAACAAGCGUACCAAUCGAUAAGGAUGACGAGAAGCCCGUGAUGUCGAAGGUGGGUUGCGCAACCAGCAAAGAGGAUAAAGAGGCCUUCGCGUUAAGAUCUGUAUCGCCGGUCGAAGUGCGCGAUUUAGAUUUUGCAAACGACGCCUGCAAGGUACUGACGGCUAUGAACAGCAAGCUGGAACAAGGAACGAUUUCGCACAACGAGCGGAGAGCCGUCACCAGCCUGCUACAGGACAUCGUGUACUUUAUAGCCGGUUUAGAAAACGAACAAAACAAAUCCGAAGCGUUGGAGCUAAUCGUUACGAAUGCCGUGAGAGAUCGUCAGAAAUUGUUGCGUGAGCAAUACAUCCUCGGCCAGUUGUUCAAAAUACUGCAGGCUCCGUUCUUAGAGUCGGCGGAGGGUGAGGGACCAUUUCUUAGGAUAGAAGAGCUUAACGAUCCGAGACACGCACCGUUCAAAUACAUGUUUCGCCUGUGCUAUCGAAUACUCCGACUUUCUCAGCAGGAUUACAGGAAGAACCAGGAAUACAUUGCUAAACACUUCGCGUUUAUGCAAAAACAAAUCGGCUACGAUAUUCUAGCGGAAGACACUAUUACCGCACUCUUGCACAAUAACAGAAAGUUGCUGGAAAAGCAUAUAACGGCUGCUGAAAUCGAAACGUUCGUGGGUCUUGUGAGGAAAAACAUGCGUAACUGGCAAUCGAGAUUUUUAGACUAUUUGUCGGAUCUGUGUAUCUCUAAUAAGAAAGCAAUUGCUGUAACACAGGAAUUAAUUUGCAAAAGCGUGCUCAGCGAAAAGAAUAAGGACAUUUUAUUAGGAACGAAAAUGGUGAAGACCCAGGUAGAAGUUGAAGAUAUCGACGAGAAGCAAGAAAACGCUGAACCGAAAAUUACUGUUAUAGAAGAGCUGGAAGUAAUAUUGGAAUGGAAUAAUGGAACUAAAUCGAUGUCUUUGAGCGAGCUGUCAAGAGGAGCGAAAAUGGGGAAUCUUCAAGACGCAGCUAUAUUAGAUUAUUAUAGACAUCAGUUGAAUCUCUUUAGUAAUAUGUGUCUGAAUAGACAGUAUUUAGCGCUAAAUAAUCUGUCACCGCAUUUGGACAUCGAUCUUAUACUCAAAUGUAUGGAAGAUGAAACAGUGCCAUACGAAUUGCGCGCAUCGUUUUGUCGACUUAUGCUGCAUCUUCACGUAGAUAGAGACCCGCAAGAACAAGUAACUCCCGUAAAGUACGCUCGUCUCUGGUCUGAAAUUCCGUCGAAAAUGAGCAUAAACGAUUACGAUACGAAUAAAAUGCCAGACGAAAACAAAGAGGCUGUUCGUACUAAAUUUAGCUCAACAAUCAUGUUUGUCGAGGAUUACCUUUGUAACGUUGUUGCGAAAAUGUGGUCUUUUGGGGAUCAAGAACAGAAUAAGCUAACAUUUGAGGUUGUUAAAUUGGCCCGCGAUCUAAUUUAUUUUGGAUUCUAUAGUUUUAACGAUCUGCUAAGUUUAACAAAGACGUUGCUUAGCAUCUUGGAUUGCGUAUCGGAGAAUGAAUCUACCGAUGGAAAGUUACCUACAGGUGAUAUUGAUUCUGAUACAGUGGAUUCUGAGGAGGCAGCUGAAGGAGGUGUCCUCAGAUGUAUCGGUGAUAUGGGUGCUGUGAUGACGAGCUUGACACUAGGACCAGCCGGUCAAGUGCUACCCAGCUCCUCCCCGAGACCAAAGCCACUAAUGAAGAAGGAGUAUCCCUUGGUGAUGGACACGAAGCUGAAGAUAAUUGAAAUUUUGCAAUUUAUUCUGGACGUACGACUGGAUUAUAGAAUCUCUUGUCUCUUGAGCAUAUUCAAACGCGAGUUCGACGAGACGGCAUCAACCGCUGCCAUCGAGAAGACUGGAGACGUGACUUUGGGACAGAAAACCAUUGACUUAGAAUCAGUCGGCGCACAGGCGGAAGGGAUUUUUGGUAGCAGCGAGGAGUGCGCGGCGUUGGACCUGGACGCUCAAGGAGGUAGAACGUUCUUGCGCGUUUUACUGCAUCUGGCUAUGCAUGAUUAUCCCCCGUUAGUUUCCGGAGCUUUGCACUUAUUGUUCAGACACUUUAGUCAAAGGCAAGAAGUUUUGCAGGCCUUCAAACAGGUGCAGCUCUUAGUUUCCGAUAGCGACGUAGAGUCUUAUAAACAAAUAAAGGCGGAUUUAGACGUUUUGCGUCAGUCCGUUGAGAAGUCCGAGCUGUGGGUGUACAAAUCUAAGGCGACGGAGGAACAUGGGAAUAAGAAGAAGAAGAGCAAAGAAGAGGAAGACGAGGGCACAACUUCCCGCAAAGCGCCUUUGCUGUCUAUUUCGGACAAACAAGGAUCUGCUAUCGAUUUGGAUAUCGGCCCGCCAUUGCACCCCGAGCAAGCUGAAGAAUAUAAAAAGAUUCAGCAGAUAUUAAUGAGAAUGAACAAAUUGUGUAUUCAAAUUCUGCCAGGCGGCCAAGUGAAGGCGCGCAAACACGAACAGAGACUUCUGCGCAAUGUCGGAGUGCAUACUGUCGUUCUUGAUCUGCUUCAAGUCCCAUUUGACGCAAAGGAAGAUGUCAGAAUGAACGAAUUGAUGCGCUUGGCGCACGAUUUUCUGCAAAACUUUUGCCUGUCUAAUCAACAGAAUCAGGUUCUUUUGCACAAGCAAUUAGAUCUGUUUUUGAAUCCCGGCAUAAGAGAGGCGCAAACCGUUUGCAGCAUUUUUCAAGAUAACUCUGUCCUUUGCAACGAGGUCAGUGCGAAAGUCAUACAGCACUUCGUGCAUUGCAUCGAAACACACGGGAAGCACGUGCAAUACUUGAAGUUUUUGCAAACUAUAGUGAAAGCUGAAAAUCAAUUUAUCAGAAAGUGUCAGGAAAUGGUGAUGCAGGAGUUGGUUCAAUCGGGAGAAGAUGUCUUAAUCUUUUAUAACGACAGAGCCUCCUUUAAUCAUUUCGUGGAAAUGAUGCGGUCUGAGAGGCAUCGUAUGGACGAGAGCAGCCCGCUUCAGUAUCACGUAGAGCUGGUAAAACUUUUAGCCUGCUGCACGAUGGGCAAGAACGUUAAUACCGAAAUUAAAUGUCACAGUCUCUUGCCACUCGAUGACAUCGUCGCUAUAGUAUCGCAUCAAGAUUGUAUUCCAGAGGUGAAAGAGGCAUAUAUCAAUUUUCUCAACCACUGUUAUAUUGACACGGAAGUCGAGAUGAAGGAAAUUUAUACGUCAAAUCAUAUGUGGUCUUUGUUCGAAAAAUCAUUUAUAGUUGACAUGGGUUUAAUUGCAACAGCCACGCAUGAUCGGCAACACGCGGAUACAGCCUUAGAGACUUACGUGACGAGUUGUUUAAUGAACAUCAUAUCCACAUUUUUCAGCAGUCCGUUUUCCGAUCAAAGCACCACUGUACAGAAACAUCUGCACGAAGCUAGACUGUAUUGGAACAUCAAGGAGUGCGAUCGGAAUACAGAUAAUAAUCUUUCUGGCUACACAAGGCAACCUAUAUUUGUUCAGUUACUUCAUGCAGCUUUUAAAGUAUCACAAUGUGCAUGGUUAAAUGCUGGACAAAGAUUUAACGUCGAGAAUUGCAUACGAACACUGUCAGACAUAGCCAAAGGACGAGGAAUUGCUAUACCGACUGAUUUGGAAAGCCAAGUAGCUUCUAUGUUCAGUAAAGCAGCUAUGCUUAGUAGACAGACGAACAAGUGGUUGCAAGCGUCUAAACAACCGAAGAUCGAACGCAGUCAAAGCCAGUUGAUGCGUCUAGAUCGGAGUAUUAUAGAAGGUCUGCAGGACAUAGUGUCUCUGUUGGAGGAACAAUUGAAACCUUUGGUGCAGUCAGAAUUAUCCUUGUUAGUGGAUAUUCUCUAUCGACCCGAGUUGCUGUUUCCUGCAGCGACUGAUGCCAGAAAGAGAUGUGAGAACGGUGGUUUCAUUAAGAGAUUAAUCAAGCAUACUGAGAAAUUGCUGGAAGAAACGGAAGAAAAGUUAUGCGUGAAAGUUUUAAGGACGCUCAGGGAAAUGAUGGCUAUCGACCCUGAGUAUGGGGAAAAGAACGAAGGUAUCUCGGAAGAGACGGAGUCAGAAACGAAGGGCGAGUCACAAGUUGGAACAGGUUCCAAUGAUCAGUCUGAGAAUCGACAAAUAACUCAGCAAGAGCCGGGAGACGUAUUGAGAAAUAAUCUUUUGGCGCGUUAUUUCGGUAAAAGCUUCACGCAAAAAGAGAAUGUUGACCUCGGAGUGUCUCGUGGCGCGACCAUCACUCACGGUCCAGGAGCGAAGAUAUUAAGCCGAGCGGGCAGAACGUUGCACGAUGUGCAAACUCAUCUCGACCGCGAAGGCGCAUCAGAUUUGGUAGUAGAAUUGGUGAUUAAGAGUGUACACUCUCCGAGUAUAUUCGUGGAAGCCGUGGAAUUGGGCAUUGCGCUAUUGGAAGGUGGAAAUCCGAUUAUACAAAGAAGUAUGUUUAAUAAGUUAAUGGGUGGUGAUUUGAGUCAGUCGUUCUUCAAGGUGUUCUAUGAUAAAAUGAAGGAUUCUCAGCAAGAGAUUAAGUCCACCGUGACGGUGAAUACAUCUGAUAUGGCAGCCAAGGCGCACGAGGAUAAGGAGGGUAAAGAAAUAGACAAGAUAUCGCGAAAACGUGGCUCAGGAAAGCCCAAUGGAAUCGUGAUAACUGAGGAUCUUCGCGAGGAAUUGAAUCAGGCAUCCAACGGACAGGCGUACGCGAAUAUGCGGAACGGUCUUGCACCUAUCGAAGACGCGGUGAAUAACGGCGCGUUAGAAGAUAUAAAUGAAAAGUUAGAUAGAAACAAAAGCGGCACCGCGUCCACCGAGAAGGACGAGGGUCAGUUGAGCUCCAAAGUUUUAGUGAUGCAACCUAUUCUACGUUUCCUGCAGUUACUCUGCGAGAAUCACAACAGAGAAUUGCAGAAUUUCCUACGAAAUCAAAAUAAUAAAACUAAUUUCAACCUGGUGUCGGAGACGCUCAUGUUUCUGGAUUGCAUCUGCGGCUCGACCACAGGCGGAUUGGGUCUCCUUGGCUUAUACAUUAAUGAAUAUAAUGUAACGCUGAUUAAUCAAACCUUGGAAACGUUGACGGAAUAUUGUCAGGGACCGUGCCAUGAUAAUCAAAAUUGCAUCGCCACGCACGAGUCCAACGGUUUGGACAUUAUAACGGCAUUGAUACUGAACGAUAUCAAUCCUCUGGGAAAGACCAGGAUGGAUCUGGUAUUGGAAUUAAAGAACAACGCCAGUAAAUUGCUGCUAGCGAUUAUGGAGAGCAGAGGCGACAGCGAAAACGCCGAAAGAAUUAUGUACAACAUGAAUCCGAAGCAGCUUGUAGACGUAGCGUGCAAGGCUUUCCAUCAGGAAUCGUUGGAUGACGCCGGCGAUGUCGAUGAUUCUUCGACAAACGGAGAGGAGGGAGUGUCGCCCAAAGAAGUCGGGCAUAACAUUUAUAUUUUGUGCCAUCAACUAGCGCAACAUAAUAAAGAACUGGCAGUGAUAUUGAAGCCAUCCGAACAGAACAAUGCAGAUCCGAAAAUUAAUAAAGCGUUGCAAUAUUAUGCGUCUCAUACAGCACAAAUAGAGAUCGUGAGGCACGAUAGAACACUUGAACAAAUUGUCUUUCCGAUCCCGGAGAUUUGUGAACUUAUAACUGUAGAUACCAAAAUAAGAGUGCUAAACACCACAGAACGAGAUGAUCAAGGAUCAAAAGUUUCUGAUUUCUUUGAGAGGACAGAAGACAUGUUUAACGAAAUGAAGUGGCAGAAGAAGCUCAGAGGUCAACCGAUGUUGUUCUGGAUGAGCAGUUACAUGUCACUGUGGAGUAACAUUUUAUUCAAUUGUGCAGUUCUUAUAAAUCUUAUUGUAGCGUUUUUCUAUCCGUUCGUGGAUUCCGUGCCUAAACUCGGUUAUCAUCUGUCAGCUUUAAUUUGGACUGUUAUGCUUGCGUCUGCCGCCAUCGUUAUUACCUUGCCGAGGGAGUCCGGUAUACGUACGUUAGUCGCGUCAACGAUAUUGCGACUGAUCUUUUCUGUAGGCCCAGAACCGACGUUAUGGUUACUUGGUUUUCUUACGAUCAUGUUAAAAGUUAUACAUCUUAUAAGUAUUAUAGGUAAUCAGGGUACCCUGACCAAAAAUGUAGAGCAAAUAAUAUCGAAUAUCGAACUUUUGUAUCACUUAUUGUAUUUAAUAUUCUGCGUUCUGGGGAUCUUUAUGCAUCCGUUUUUCUAUUCAGUUUUACUUUUUGACGUCGUUUAUCGCGAGGAGACUUUGCUCAACGUAAUCAAAUCCGUGACUCGAAAUGGACGAUCUAUUAUACUCACCGCUGUACUAGCCCUGAUUUUAGUUUAUAUGUUUUCCAUUAUCGGUUUUAUGUUCUUCAAAGACGAUUUCCUCGUUCCUGUAGACGAAGAAAUUAUAGCCUCUAUCGAGCAGCAAGUUGCAGAUACUUGCAGUGCCGGUGAUAAGACGAAAUGUGAAGCAACAGAGACUGUUUCACGAUAUGCUCACGAAGUAAAUGAAGAAAAGAGUAAAUCCGAGUUGAUUAGCGUCGGCGGAGAAUUGAAAGAACGCGCGUGCGAUUCACUCGUUAUGUGCAUCGUUACCACAUUGAAUCAAGGGUUGAGAAAUGGCGGCGGAAUCGGAGAUAUUCUACGAGCACCCUCCAGUGUUGAACCGUUGUUUGUUGCGAGAGUCGUAUAUGAUUUACUGUUCUUCUUCGUCGUGAUAAUUAUUGUUCUGAAUCUCAUCUUCGGUGUGAUUAUCGACACUUUUGCGGAUCUCAGAUCGGAGAAGCAGCAGAAGGAAUUGAUUCUGAAAAACACUUGCUUCAUUUGCGGUUUAAAUAGAUCGGCUUUCGACAACAAAAUAGUUUCCUUUGAGGAGCACACAAAACACGAGCAUAACAUGUGGCAUUACCUCUACUUCAUCGUCCUGGUGAAAGUGAAGGACCCGACGGAAUUCACGGGACCGGAGUCAUACGUUUACGCCAUGGUGAAGGACCGAAAUCUGGAAUGGUUCCCGCGACUGCGAGCCAAGUCAUUAGCGGCGGACGAGGGCGAAGGAGAACAAGUGGAAUUGAGGAGUUUACAGUCGCAGUUAGAAUCCACGCAGCAAUUAGUUAAAUGUUUGUCCCAGCAGCUCACGGAGCUUCGUGAUCAGAUGACGGAGCAGCGAAAGCAGAAGCAGCGGCUGGGCCUCCUGAAUUCUGCUUCUGUGAUCUUGCAUAAUGUACCCACGUAAACUUAAGACGUGUAUUUUGUAGUUUCCUUUUAUUAUUCUGGACGAAUCUCAGUUUGAUACUCCAAGAUAGAAUGUAUGUAACGAUGUUUGUGUGUUCUCUUAACAGGCAUUUAAAGACACGAGAACCGAGAGUGGGCAACCCGAGACAUUUUUACGGUUUUGUUCCUACUUUUAAUGAAAGUAAAGUACACCUAGGGCAUUAUCGUCAUCAUUCUCUUUUUAUUACAAAGAUUUUUAAUCCAAUUUACCGAUCAAUCGUCAAGGAACCAGUAUACCGUAAAUAUUGCAUCGUUUACUAAUGUAUAAAUAUUGUUAUAUAUAGAGAGAGAGAAGUUAAGUGUAUCCAUUUGAGAGGGAGCAGAUAUAAAUUACUUAAAAACUUCCACACAGUUAUUGAAAUGUUAUAAAGUAAUAUUCUAAUUCUUUUAGAAUAUUUUCCUUUUUAUGUGAUGAGCUCAUUGUGUUUUUAGCUUUGCUAUUAUAAUAUUUAUAUGUAUCCACGUGGAUACAUGAAGAAAGAUUAUAGUAUCAGCGUUUUAUAACAGUCGUGAAUUUUAUAUACUGUUCUGCGCUAUUAAAGCCAUGGUUGUGUUAUAGGAAUCUUGUUUCCGUAUAUUAUAAACAUUUUAAAUACUAAAAAAACAUUAUUGAAGAUAUAUAUUUGUAAAAUUGUAUAGAUUUCUGUAUUAUAUAUUUAAUUAACACAUAUAUAUAUAUAGAUUAUCCGUUUAUUUGGAAGUGAAUAGAUUUGGAAUUUCUCUUUCGUCGAUAUCACGUUGCUUACGAUUACGUUAACGUUGUAUAAUCGAUUAUUUUUACUUUCAUAUGUGGAUAGAUUUGAUGAAACAAUACGAGAAAUUUUAUCCAAAAUAUAAACCUUAACGAAAGUACAUAUUUAACUUGUAAUAAAAUGCGCUCAACUUUUAAUUCCGUGAAUAAUCGUUGAAAUCCAUAUCAUACGAUAUCUGUGUUCAUACGUUGUUAAUGAUGAUUUACAAUGCGAUUGGAAGACGUAUGCGCAAAUGCGAAUUAAGUGAGUUCGUUUGUUCAGUUACUCGUGAAGGCAGUAUUGAUCACGAGCGCAACGCGAUAUUACCAAUAUAAUUGGUGGCGAAAGCAUGGUAAUUAAUAGGGAUCAAAUUGACUCUAUCCUAUAUAUAUAUAUAGGAAAACUUUUUGAAAUCUCAGAUUAUUGUGAUGGACGAGCUUUAGCACGUUGAUGUCCAAUCAUUAAUUGUUAAUAUAUUAAUGAUAGUUGACAUGUUAAAAAGUUUAAUCAAGUUGUGUUGUUGCAUUACGAAACGUAGGAGCAUCAACCUGAACACUACGUGCCACGUUAUGAAGUUAGAAUUUAACUCGUAUUUUUAAAAUAAUACUUGAGAUUUAUGUCUAUGUACGAGUAUACAAUAUACACACUUUAUUUCUUCCUAAUGUAAUAUCGAAUAUGACGUAAUGUAUAUAUAUUUUAUUAGAUAUCGUAAUCGUUUUAGAGAGAGAUAAAACGGUGUCACUUAGAGCAUAUCACUUUCUAUAUGCUGUCGCAUAUUAUCAUUGUAUCAAUCUCCUUGCAUUUUUCCUUGUAUUCUGAUAUACCAGAUUGCAUUGUAUCUUCAAAUGAAUUCAAAUAAUACCUGCUGAGAUGUGUUAUUUCUAAUGUCUGGACGUGCGGUCUUUUAUUAUAUAGUAUAUAUACAUAUAUAUAUACAUAUAUAUAUAUGUAGUUACACAUUGUGGAUGUAGAUUGCGUUCUUACAUGUGAAUAAAUUAUGUUCUUUUUUAAUGAA